AGACUCUCUGAAGAUGCCCCGGCGGCUUCUGCCUGCCGGCUCCGAGCAGCAGGUGCUCAGCGCGCACGGAGGGGCUGCCACUAUGUCGUCUGCCUUCCAGCUGCAGUGCCACCUCGUCCUCAUCCUGCUGGCAGCCUCCAAAGGGGACACCCGGUACAUCGAGGUGAGGGACGCUGGCGAAGAUGAGCCCUUCCUGCUCCUCAGCGAAGACCUGAAGCGGGAGCUGUCUGCAGGGCACAUCUACCGGCGGUCGCUGCGCUGCAUUGACAUGCUGAGCAUUGAGGGGCAGUUCACCUUUACUGCUGAUCAGCCCCAGUUGCACUGCGCCACAUUCUUCAUCGGUGAACCUGAGGAGCUCCUCACCAUUGAAUAUGACUUUGUGAAUAUCGACUGCCAAGGAGGUGACUUCCUGAAGGUAUUCGAUGGCUGGAUACUCAAAGGAGAGAAGUUUCCUAGUUCCUUGGACCACCCCCUCCCCACUUCCCAAAGGUACACGGACUUCUGCGAGAGUGGUGCUGUCCAGAGGAGCAUCAGGUCAUCACAGAAUGUGGCAAUGAUCUUCUUCAGGAUUCACCAGCCAGGCAAUGGAUUUACCAUCACAGUCAAGAAGAGUGCCAACCUCUUCCCUUGCAAUGUCAUCUCUCAGACUCCCUCAGGAAGGUUUACCAUGAUCAUUCCUCAUCAACACAGAAACUGCAGUUUUUCUAUAAUUUACCCAGUGGUGAUAAAAAUCUCCGAUCUCAUCCUGGGACACUUAAACGGCCUCUUUUUAAAGAAUCCAUCAGUGGGCUGUGCGGGAGUGGGGGACUUUGUGGAGCUGUUGGGAGGAACUGGCUUAGACCCAUCCAAGAUGUUUCCACUGGCUGACCUCUGUCACUCCUUUCGUGGGUCUGCCCAAAUGAAGAUUGGUUGUGACAAUACUGUGCUACGGAUGGUCUCCAGUGGCAAACACAUCAAUCGUGUGACAUUUGAGUAUUAUCAGCUUGAUCUGCAGGAAAUAGAAAACAGAAAGGAGAAUAGCAUUGAAGAAUUCUGCUUCCCUGCUAUCUGAAAAACCAGGCAACACAUUUUCAUGUUGCUAAUCACAAUAAUGUUCUGGCAAAUAAAAUAAAAAAAAAAAA